GUGAAGUAAGUACAACAGCACGAUAUUCCCCGGUGGACGGUACGAUACAGUACGAUACACAUUGCUGAAUUGUCAGUAGAACAAGCACAUGUUGACGAAAAUGAAGAUGUGACUUCGUGCAUGGCAUGCUGGUCUCACAUCUUUAUAUGCAGCACCUGCGGGCCUUCGAAACUGGUUGUUUCAUCGCUACUCUUUGUUAUUACACUAAUUGCUCAGGGAAAUCCUUCGAAGUUCCUGUGGCCUCACUACUUCAACCAUGUCAUCAGACGACGGCGCGUCUGUUCUCGACCUACGCCAUAUCCCAGGGUAUUUGCAAGGCUACUACUACUUAGUGCAGCGUUUCAUCGCGCUCAUUGCUAAGGAACCCAAGAGUACAGGGGGCGGAAGCGCUGCAGGUUUCGGUGGGUGCCCCGCUCUCAUAGCUGCCAUUGUGAACCCCAAGAAGGAGGAAGGCGAGGUUGUAUCUUACUUCCGUGCUAUGAUGGAGAACCAGCUGGUGGUCGCCAUUCUCGUGGUGAUCAGCGUCGCGCUAAUGGCAUGUUCUCUCUUCGGUGGUUUCUUCUUCGUCCUGCUUCGUAUGGUCGGAGCCUUUGGGGGACGCAAAGUGCAAGACAUCACUUCAAGAUAUAGCCUCGUCCUGCGCACGCUCACAAUAUGCAUGCUCGUUCUCAUGUCAGUCACUGUGGCAUGUCUGAUCUGCAUGUGGGGCAGCGUGGAUUACCUCACGUUCUAUUCCGUGAAAAGUCGUACUUUCCUGCGCAACGGAAUCAAGAUGGUGGAGCGCUACCUGGUCGAUACAAUAGCGGAUAUGGUGGACGUCACUAGCGAACUGACUCAGAUGAAAGACAACCUAAGACAAGAAAUAUACACCAUCGAACAGCGUUACCGUACCUCAAUAAAAACAGAAGCCACUGAGGUUCUCAAGGCUUGUCACCUUCCGUCGCCUGCCAUGAUGGGUGAUCUGAAGGGCUGGUCCUCGCAGCUGACACCUCCUCCACCGGGACUCGUCGACAAUAUCAACAACCUUACAGGGGAAAUACAACCCAUUUUCGACACCUUUGAGAGCGUUUAUUCCAGAAUGAUCAACUACUUUAGCAGAACAUCAGUGAUAAAGCAGGAACACGACAUCAGCGCGAGCCAAUUGAAUCGAAAGGCCGUCGAUCUUCGUGCAGUAUCUGAUACAGUCAACAAGAGCAUUCCACUGCCGGAAAUUAGUGUGAUGGGCCUUCUAGGUAGACUCAGCCUGACCGACACUGCCUUUAAGUACCUAGAAGGUUAUGGUACGAUGGUGUGUUCCGUCGCUGCGUUGUUGGUGUGUGUGGUGUUCGUCAGCAUGGUUGUCGGCGUGAGUUGUCACAGCGAAGCGGUACCUCCUAAUAAACGAGGAUUCCUCUCCAACCAGGCUGGUAUAAUGAUUGUGAUAGCUAUGUUGGUCAUGUGGCUCUUUUGCUCCGCCAUGAUGCCGUCAGCGAUCCUCUUCAUGAUGGGUGGUGUCAUAGCGGAGGCCUACAUCUGCAAUCCGUACAGACACCAUAAGGUGCAGUUUUUAGAUGAUGUGAUCGGUACGCUGUAUGUGCAUGAGGGACCGGAGUACGCCCCUGAUGUAAUGUACAACAGCACGAUGAAGCCCAGUUGGGUUAUAAGCCAUUGUCCGAGCAACCCGUCCCUCCUCAACCUCACUAGGAAUCAAGACAUCAAAGGAUUGGAGAAUGUUGCUAACCUUUACAAUCCACCAAAAUAUUACAAGUGGUUGGAGGACGGGACAGCCUUCAAGUACGACAAGUACAACACCGAGUUCGCCAGCCGCACUACAUUUGCCGGCCGCGAGGCCAUGCGUGAAGUCUCGGAGGCGAUUACAAGUCUCAGCUCACCCCCGACCAUUACCACUCCCAUCUCUACAGACACCGCCAGGGCCUAUGCUGCAGAUAUUCUGCUUGGCUUCCAAACAUUUACUGCCGGUUCAGCGAGCGCACAGUGGGACAAGAUGGACGAAUGUGUUACAAAGGAGAUGAACGCGCGAUACUUCCACGAGCUGGACAAGGAUGUUGCUCCGCUUAUUGCGCAACUGAGUAAUGUUACUGAUCGAGUGACCAACGAACUGGGACGGUGCAAGCCGAUAUCAGACUUCUACAAUGAUGCAUUCAUUUUGUUUUGCGAUGCAUCCCUCAAUAGCAUGAACGGCUUCUGGGUGUCUCUAUGGCUAGUGACGUUUCUGUUCAGUUGCAUCAUUGUGAUUGGGCUGAAACUGUCCAAGUACUUUAUGCGCAUGGAUGACUACACAUAUGGUGGCAUCGAACUCGAAGAAUCUGUUGAAUACAGUUUCUACACCCCAAGUGGCGCUCCUCCACGGAAAAGCAGUCCGGCAACACUGGACGUACAUCAUCGGUUCACCUCAACAAUUAUCGGGAGAAACUGAGGUUGCACCACCAGAUAAGAAGACAGAGGCUGGAACCGAAACCAAGAGGGAUAUGGAGGACAUUAGAGAUGAAGAAAUAACUCGCGCACUUCGCAAGAUAAAUGCCUCUAACUGUGCGGGCCCAGACUGAAUUCCCCCCAGAGUGUUGAAAGAAAUGGGAUCCAAGGGGAGAGAAUACUUAGGGCAGUUUUCAGCAAAGUAUAUCCCACAGGAGAAAUUCCAAAGGGAUGGAGACAAUCACAAAUUACUAUGUUAUACAAGGAAAAGGUCUCACAACAUGAUUUCGGGAACUACCGUCCUAUAGCAGUUACGUCAGCAAUUUAUAGAACUUUUGCAAUGAUAAUUAGUAAUAGAUUAGAAGAACAGGUAGAAGAACAUAGGGUUUUCGGGGAAAUGCAAGACGGUUUUAGGAAGGAAAGAAGACCGGAAGAUAAUAUAUUCAUACUUACACAACUUCUACAACACAAAGCAAAGAGUGUCUAUAUACCUGGGAUUCCUUGAUAUUAAGAAAGCAUAUGAUUCAGUUCAGCACAACACACUGCUGGGAAUACUAAAGGGACAUGAGAUCGAAGGGGACAUCAUAUCUAAUAUCCAGGCCCUGUACAAAGGAGCCACCGCAGUAGCUAAAUGGAAAGGAAAACUUACAGAACCAGUAAACAUCACAAAAGGCCUGAGACAGGGUUGCCCGUUAUCCCCUAUCCUUUUUAACCUCUGCAUGUAACUAAACUGGUGUACCACCAAUAUGAACAAAGACUACGGCAAAAAGCACAAAGAGCAAUUGGUUAUCUAAAUCGAGUCGCGUUAUGGAGCUUCAAUUACACACACGUAGUAAGGGGAAUUUUAGAAAAUGGUCGUGGUCCCAGGUUUGCAAAUGGGGUAAUAUGCAUUGCAGCAGCUACGAGGAAUUUGUGGAACGGAAGCAACGAGAAAUAGGACGCAUGGCCCUUAAAGGCUAUAAAUGUGCACCAAAUGAGGCGGUAAUGGGGACACUUGGGUAUUUCAUCCUUUGAGGCCAGAGUAGUAAGGUAACCUAUGAAAGCAGAUCAAUAGACAUGGAAGACCACAGAUGGCCAUAAGCUCUAUGGCUGUUCUAUUGUGUUACUAGAUCGCGAUGCACCUAAAUUGAACAAUAAAGAACUGCGGGAGCACAUUUCAGAAGUGGAAACUGUGGAAUAGCGCAACCGGAUGAAAAAGAAAAAAAAAACUGCACUAGAACUGUACAGAAAAGAAAAAAUACGGAUUGCGAGCGUCAUCGAUUUAUACGACGACUCAUUUGAGAGCGGCCUCUUAUUUGACGCGAGAAGUGGUAUGCUACGAACACGGGAAUUGAGAAGCAAAUACGAACCAAUAGACGAACAAUGUAAGUUAUACGACAGCGGGGAUACAGAGUCUACACUACAUGUUAUACCUCAAUGCGCGGCCCUAGGAACACGAAGGACAUGCCCACUGUAAACAGCGCUUGGUUUUGUUGCGAGCAGGCGGGACGACCCUGAGGUCUUAAUAACCAAGCACCGGCUAAGGCCAUGGGUCACCAAGUGCAAACAGCUGCAAAGGAAAGACCCAAGUGCCGGAACAAACACAUUAGGACGCACAUCAGCAAUUAAUUAUUUUAACGAAACGGAGACAGGGAAUCCUCAAAUCUCACCACGCAACAGCAGCGCCACAACAUCUGAACGGGCAAUUUUGAAAGCACCGAAAUUUGAUCUUGGACCUUCAAAUACAUCGGGCGACAAAGAACAUCCGGGGAUAACAAGUACGGGUGCACAUCAGAAGUGACGAAGAAACGUUUAGGAUCUCCAAUCUACCGGCAUGUCCGCACUUUCGUGCUGGACCCUGGACGUUGAAAAGGCGACCAACGCAACUAGGUCAAAGACUGAGCUCGUGGACCACUGCUGGACAACGGGACACGUGUUCGACUACAAUGGUGCCGUCACCUUGGCGCGCGAACAGCGGUGGGAACCGAGAAAAUUCCUGGAAUUGUGGCAACAGCCAACAGCAUGUAAUGCCAACCGUGACCCACUUCCUGGACUGUACUCUCCUCAUUCCUGUCCCUAGCCUUGCACUGAUGAUGUCUCCCGCAUAGGAGACGAAACGUCUAAAUAGUUAUUUCCCGUUGCGUUAAGUCGGUGACAAUUUUCAUUCUGUAAACAAUUAAUUGUUUUCAACUUAACUGCCCGUGUGCCACCACCAAGCAAGUAUGAAGAGCAAGAGCAGAGCAAAUGUACACUGAGUCCGUAUAUACUAUUUCUUCAUUUUGUGUGCUUCACGUACCUAUAGUGCAGCGUAUUUAAUGUGAGAAAAUAGGGAGUUUCAGUGCACCGUACGUUAUCGCCUUUGCGUACGUAAGGGAUGGCGUUGGUGGUCCUGCGCACGCGCAAAACUGAGAGCUUCGCGCAUUGCGCAGAACUACCACGCUAUCCCUCACGUACACAAAGACGGCAUCGUACGAUGCACUAAACUGUAUAAGUUUCACGAUAACGUUUCCGAAAGCAUAAUAAGCCAAUCGCUUGAGUCCUUUGGGGUGGAUGGUAUCACGUUGCUGAUCUCCGAUUGAACUAGAUCACGUUCGGCAACCUGUACGCUAAGCACGGCACAUGUAAGCUAUGUCAAUACUGGUGACUUUUAGUGCAUCGUACGCUAUCGCUUUUGCGUACGUAAGGGAUAGCGUUGACUGUUCUGCGCAUGCGCAAAACAAAGCGAGCUUCGCGCAUUGUGAAAAACCACAACGCUAUCCCUUACGCAAAGGUGAUAGCAUACGAUGUACUGAAACUCACUACCAUCUUGCCAGAAAUGCUUCACCUGCAGCACAAACACCUGGAGCGAAGUUGGCGGUACGUCUGGAGUGUGCUGACUAUGGCGAUAUCACGUUGCGUUUCUGGUAUCUUCUCGCUAAUCUGCUCACACGUAACACACAACAUAACAUGCUUACACUAAUUUUGCAAGUGAAUGUAUGACACAACUAGCUUCGUAGCACAUAUUAUGCGCCAAGUUAUACGUACCUGGUUGCGUUUCGGAAAUGUGAGCUAAAAACUGCACACGAUAACACAAAUUGCUGAAUAUUCGAUUGCACUUGACUUAUGAGAGUUACUGAAACUGACUAAAAUCGUCACAUUAUUCUGCCUGAUUAACAAGUAAGUAAAAGAAAAACCAAGAGAAGUAUUCUGCUUCGCUGUGACCUCGUUUUUUUUUAUCUGUGUUCCACGUCUUCCAUAUCAUGAAAAGUAGCGAAUACGCUACUAGUAGCGCCGAAUAGCUACGGCGCUACUAGUAGCGCCGCAGUGGCUACCGCGCCUUCUGCGUAAUAUGGCCAGCGCUCUAUGUUGUUGCUGGUGGCCCACUUUCCGUAGAAAGUACGCUUGUAGAAAUUAUAGUUAUCAAGGAAUCCAUACGGGCGACAAGUGUGUUGUAGGGUUCGGAAAGUGUCGUGACUUCUAGAUACAGUACCAUAAGCCAUAUUCCAGAAGUCGUGCACUCCGUGCGCGGGUGGGGCUGACUCUAGAUACUCUCUAAAAAUCCAUCCACCUUCUAUGCGUUCUGCAGGAAGGAGAGCUUUCCAAGCGGGAGCAACGUAAAUGUUCUGAAUGUAAUGGCAUCUGUAUGCUCCCCGAUAUGGUUUCGAAGGCUUGAAAGUGCCGCGGGGACUCUCAACCAUUGCAGCAGCAGUCAUAUCAAAUACAAAAUUGAAGAAAAACCACACACUCCCAAAUCCAUGGACUACGGAAUGCGACGACGAUCGAUGGAUGUGACACUUUGCUGACAUUUUUUUUAUUUUUUAUUUUUUUAUUUCAGGGAUG